CAGGUAGGUUCAGGGGGGCUGAGCGAAGGUGUUCCGCAAAAAGAUCGCCCAGUCUGCGUUUGGUCUCUCCGAUGUAUAAGAGUUAGGGGAGGCCAUGGACUUCAAUCUAUUAGCCGAGACAGUGUCACACAGCAUGGAAACUGCCCUUCAGCCCGACCUGUCCAUGCAGACCAAGAUGCCCCAAUUCAUCUUAGACUGUUUGACCCCCAUCCCUCUAAUACUGUCUAAGAUGGUGAAAAUAAAACAACUAGAUGUCAAAUUUCUAAUUUGUAGGUUUUCAAAAUAACCCCGCAAUUGUGCAGCAAGCAAGAAUGGAAAGAUUUUGCAAAAAAAACAAACGUGAUCCCAUUGACGAAGGCAAUAUAAAUGUCCCCACCAAUCUGAAUGAAUCGGACAACUCUCCCAAUUUUGCUCUGCUUUUACCUCAAGAGCUAAUUCUGAAAAUUUUCAGUGAAUUGGACAUUCAAAGCCUGACCAAUGCAGCAAUGACAUGCAAAAAAUGGAAUGACUUGAUCGAAGACUAUGACUUCCUGUGGCGCGAUCACUGCUUGACAACAUUAGCUGUCUGCGAAAGAGAACUGCAACGUGAUGUGGCAAAUGGAUUUUCGUGGAAGACUAUCCUGGUGAAAAACUACAAGAAAAGCAACUUAAAACAAGCAUGGUUGAAUGGGCAUUACAGUAACAUUCGAUCUGCAGAUGAGCUCCUGGAUAAAAGUAUGUGUGAAAUGAAUGCAGAUGCAUGGGGAGAGAUACUAGAAGCUGAGUUGCAAAGAUAAAUGCCAAGAGAUGUAAUUGAAGCAGCAUUCAUGUCCAGGGCCAUUCUUAGUCACGUGUGUGACCAAACAUGUGAAAAACAUUGUGAAAUACAUCUCUUCUAAUUCUGAAAGCAUUACAGGUAUAUUGUUUUGUACAGUAUAUAUGAUUCAUUUUUUUCGAAGUUUAUCAAGUGAAAUUUUGAUAUGUUAUGCUGACAAUGUUUGUUUAGGGUCAGAGAUCAAAUACGACUGGUCGCGUGUGUGUGACCUCACAUGGAAGCACUUUUUUUCGUAACUCAGUUUUAUCUUACAAACUCUGUGAAUUUUUAAAAGAUAGAAUGUUCAUAUCUUUAGCAGACAUGCACAUUAGUUCUGUAAGUGGGAAAAUAGCAAUGAAUAUGAUGAAUCUCAUACAAGGAUAUUUUUAAUGUAUUACUUUAUGUGAUUACUUCUGCUCACGUGUGUGACCUUUUGGUUCACUUUCCAAAGAAUGGCGCACUGUGCAAUUCGGUUUUAAAGUGUGUAAAAAUUGUAAAAGAAAUGGGGGCUUUGCUGCAAGUGCUAUUUUCGGUUCUCCACGUUUCUGUUGCACUAAUAUACAGAGGAGUCCAGAUGUUUGGUACCUAAUGGCAUCAUGGACAUAACUUGUGGAGGAAGGGACUGCAGAUAGAUGCUGGUUUACACCGAAGAUAGACACUCCAGCAUUUUGUGUCUACCUUCUGGACAUAACUUCUUUGACUUUGCUCCUCAAAUGCAUUACCCCUCUGCUCCAGUAGCCAGUGUGGGUCAUGACCAAAACCCUCCCCAACUCACUGAUAUCUAUCUUAGCCCUCAACACUAAUUUCCAACCAAACACCCGCCAACCAUUUUAAGAAUAGGGGUAAGCCAUUUAGAACGGAGACGAUGAAACAAUUUUUCUCACAGAAAGUUGUGAGUCUGUGGAAUUCUCUGCCUCAGAGGGCGGUGGAGGCCGGUU